UCUGAGUCGAGAUAAUGCAGUGGUUUCAGAUAGGACAUACACACACGUGCAUGGACUCACAAGACAGAAACACUCGUGCCCUGCUGUCACACUCUCUGUGUGGACUUGCUUGGAGCAGAUGGUCUAAAAUGAGUUCCUCAGGCUGGAUACUGGCUGUGUGUCUUGUGGUUCUUGGAGCAUGUGUGCCUACAGUGAGUUGCAGACAUGCGGUGCGGGCCGAAGAAGGGCCAGGCAGCGAGCGGAACUGUUCGGCAAUUCCUCCGUAUUUGCCACCAACAGCUGUAAACACAACUCUGAGGCUUCGUGAAUUGAGAGAGUCCAUGAUGCGUUUGAACAUCUCAGCUUACAUCAUCACUGCCACAGAUGCUCAUCUGAGUGAGUACAUCGCCCCCAGAGAUGCGAGGAUGGCCUGGAUGUCUGGCUUCACUGGCUCUGCAGGCACAGCAGUAAUUACUCAAAACAAGGCUGUUUUGUGGACCGACAGCCGCUAUUGGAUUCAAGCAGAGAGACAAAUGGACUGUAACUGGGAGCUAGAGCGAGAUGUCUCCAUUGGCAGCAUCACCAACUGGCUAAUCCUGGAGAUCCCUGAGGCAGAUCACGUGGGCUUUGACCCAUUCCUCUUCUCUGUAGACACAUUUGGCGUCUACAACACCAACCUGGCUCCAGCGGGCCGGAUCCUGAAGUCUAUUCCUGAUAACCUGGUGGAUAAAAUAUGGACAGAUCGCCCUCCUCUGCCUCUUGACAACCCCAUGCGCUUACCUGACAGUGUCAUUGAGAGGACCUGGCCAAUGAAAGUAGAUCAUAUACGAGCCCAAAUGAGCGACAAUCCAUACAAGCCCACCGCUGUGCUGCUUUCAGCUUUGGAUGAGACCGCAUGGCUGUUUAAUCUACGAGGCAACGACAUCCCUUUUAAUCCAUUCUUCUAUUCUUACACUCUGCUGACAUUGGAUGAGAUAUGGCUCUUUGUGCACAUUGAACGUAUAUCAGAUGAGUUGAAGCUGUACCUGAAUGCUUCGUGCUACCAGGCCUAUUGUGUGCAGCUGAUUGAGUACAGCUCUGUGCGCACUUAUCUGCAGACCUAUCUAAAGAAACCCAAUGUGAGGGUGUGGGUGGGUACAGAGUACACCAACCAAGCCCUGUAUGAGCUCAUCACUCCUGAGGACAAAUUAUUGACCAGCACCUACUCUCCGGUGCUGACCACCAAAGCAGUGAAAGAUGAGACUGAGCGCCGUAUUCUCAAAGAGGCUCAUGUUAGGGACGCCGUCGCAGUCAUGCAGCUUCUGUUGUGGCUCGAAAAGAAAGUUCCAGAAGGCACAGAGACAGAGCUCACAGCAGCAAAAUUCGUUGAUCAGUGUCGCAGCAAGCAAAAGAACAACAGAGGGCCGAGUUUUGAGACGAUUUCUGCAAGUGGACCCAAUGCUGCUCUUGCUCACUACAGUCCAUCUACUGAAGCUGCAAGGAAGCUGACAGUUGAUGAGAUGUAUCUUGUUGACUCUGGAGGACAGUACCUUGAUGGUACCACUGAUAUAACACGUACUGUGCACUGGGGUGAACCCACUGACUUUCAAAAGGAGGCCUACACAAGGGUGCUCAUGGGAAAUAUUGAGAUUUCAAGAACCAUCUUCCCUGCUGGAACUAGAGGUGUGAACAUGGAGAUGCUGGGACGAAGAGCAUUGUGGGAAGUUGGUUUAAAUUAUGGUCAUGGCACUGGUCAUGGUGUGGGGAACUACUUUGGAGUCCAUGAAUGGCCUGUGGGUUUUCAGUCGAAUAAUAUUCCUUUUCAAGAGGGCAUGUUUACAUCAAUUGAACCUGGUUAUUACAAGGAGAAUGACUUUGGUAUACGGAUAGAAGACAUUGCUGUCAUUGUUCCAGCUACUACAAAGCAUAGCAGUAAUUACCUGACAUUUGAAACAGUCUCAUUGGUGCCUUAUGACAGAAAAUUAAUAGAUGCAUCUCUUCUGAGUCCUGAGCAGCUGCACUGGCUGAACUCGUACUAUGAGACCAUCCGGACCGUGGUGGGUCCCGAGCUACAGAGGCAGCAACUGAACGAGGAGUAUGACUGGAUGAUGAAGCACACGGCACCUUUCCUUACAGCUGGAGCUUCAGCUGUCAUUUCCUCUGUCACACUGUUAGUAACAGUGCUGGCUUCAUUUGUGCUAUAAAUACUGAAGAGCUUAUACUCAGCAUUCAGUACUGCCUCUGCUCCUACUGUGGGCUGGUAGGCCUACAACAAACCAACUUUCAGGCACAAACU